AUGAUUUACACGCAGUACGUUCAAACGCAUCUCAGUCUGAAUCGUAUUCUCCUGCUUAUACUCGGCUUGUGGCCCUAUCAGCAAUCGAAACUUGUUUCAUUGCAGUUCGGUCUGCUUUUUGGCAUUCUGACGACUUUUAUUCUAUCUCAAGUGAAAUCCCUGAUCGAACAAAUUCAGCGUAACUAUGACGAAUUAAAAGACGAGAACGAAAUUGCUAUCAUGGAUGAAUACGGAAGCAAGACAAAAUGUUAUACUGUUAUAUUAACAGGUGAGAUCUUUUUGAUAUUGUCAUCCAUUAGUCAAACAUUUGACAUUGAAGAACUGGUCAUACAAAUUAUAUUCUUAUUUUGUCAGUACCUGUACAUGUUCAUGGGUAACAAUGUCGCUCAACAAGUCACAGAUCACAAUGAUCAUGUGUUCGCCAGCGUGUACAAAAUACGGUGGUAUGUAACUCCCUUACAAAUGCAGAAGAUGAUACUAUUCAUGCUGCAAAGGGGCAAUAAGGCGUAUUAUUUGCAGCUCGGUAGUCUUUUUGCAGGAUCCUUGAAAGGUUUCACGUCGCUGAUGAGCGCUUCGAUAUCUUAUUUCACCUUUAUCUAUUCGACGCGACGAUGA